AUGGCCGACAAGGACAGGAUAUCCGCCGCGGCGACGCCCCAUCAGCAUGAUCCGGCCAACGAAAAAGUAGAUGCCAGCGAUGCUGACAUAGCCCUUGCGGCCAUGGGCUACAAACCCGUCUUCAAGCGCGAGUUCGGGCUGUGGUCCGCUUUCAGCUUCGCCCUGUCCAUCUCGGGCCUGUACGGCACGGUCAUGACGACCUACUCCUACCCUCUUUACGCCGGCGGCGCGGCGUCCGCGGUGUGGUGCUGGUUGAUUGCUGGUGCCAUGUACUUCACAAUCAAGUACCUCGCGCCGGAGAAGUAUGUGCCCGUGAUUGCCUGGAUCGACGGCUGGCUCAACCUCAUUGGCCAGAUCUGUGGCAGUGCCUCGUCUAGCUACGGUGCGUCUCAGAUGUUGCUCGCUGCUGUGGCCAUCGGAUCCGACUUCACGUACUCGCCAACGCAAGGACAUAUCAUUGGGGUUAUGGCCGCCUUGUCCGUCUUUCACGCACUUGUGAACUGCCUGAAUACUGCCUGGUUAUCCAAGAUCGCCAGCACAUAUGCUGUGAUCCACAUUGCGGUGCUGUUCUCUUGCUGUGUCGCCCUUCUUGUUCUCCAGAAGGACAAGAACACGGCUAGUUACGUCUUCACUGAGGUCCACCCCGACUCUGGAUGGAACCCACCGGGAUUCAGCUUCCUGUUCGGAUUCCUGUCGGUGGCAUGGGUCAUGACAGAUUACGAUGCCGCAGCGCACAUCGCGGAAGAAACAAGGAACCCAGCAAUCACCGUCCCAACUGCCAUAUCCUCGGCCCUCGGCUUCACCUACGUCGUCGGAUGGCUCUUCACCAUCGUCCUGGCCUUCUGCAUGGGACCCCUGGACCUGACCUCAGACGACCCGUCGCAGAACAUCCUCGCCUCCGCCAUCGAGCAGCCCGUCGUGCAGAUCUACUACAACGUGAUGGGCAAGCGCGCGGCCAUCUUCUUCGCCGUGUCCGCCUUCAUCAUCAUGAACUUCGUGUGCAUCACGGCCCUGCAGGCCGGCAGCCGCACCAUCUGGGCCUUCUCCCGCGACGAGAUGCUGCCGGGCUCGCGCGUGUGGUACAAGAUCUGGGGCCGCACCGACACCCCCGUCCUGGCCGUGUGGCUGUACACCCUCAUCUGCAUCCUGAUCAACCUCAUCGGGCUGGGCAGCUACAUCACCAUCUCGGCCAUCUUCAACCUGUGCGCCAUCGCCCUGGACUGGUCGUACUGCAUCCCCAUCCUGUGCAAGCUCCUGUUCAACAAGUUCGAGCGCGGGCCCUGGCACCUCGGCCCUGCGAGCCUCUUCGUCAACGUCUGGGCCUGCUCUUGGACCGCCUUUGUGUCUGUCAUCUUCCUCUUCCCCACGGUUAGGCCCGUUGCUGCGGACACUAUGAACUACGCUGUUGUGAUUUUGGUCUUUGUGCUCCUCUUCUCAUUGGUCUACUGGUUCAUUGCAGGCAGGAAGUACUACGUCGGUCCACGGACCGAAGCUCAUGUUGUCGAUGGUAUGAUUAUUAAGGAUCCCAGCGAGUCAGAGCUUCGUGACAGGGAGAAGCACGUGAAUACCACGGAGGGUAUCGUAGAUAGGUAA